AUGAGGAAUUUAUACCACAAGAAACAGAAUGACCAAUAUAAUGGCGCUGAGUAUCAGGGAGACCCUAUUGAGGCCAAUAAUAGUCCUAUAGAGGAACCUCAGAAUUAUGUUGGAAAUUUGAUAAAGCCUACUGAGGCUCAGCAAGGCGCUAUACAGACCAACACACAGGCCGUGACAAAUACAAGCGACAACGCCGUACCCGGCACGAGCUCCAACGCCAUAGCCGGCACCAACUCCAGCGCCAUAGCCGGCGCAAGCGCCAUAGCCAUACCAGGCACAAGCACGUCCACUGUUGAGCAUGCCGAUGAUAAUAAGGUCGCUGACAUCAAUGACAUAAUCGAUUUGGACGAUGAUGUAUUACAAAUUCUGGGAGAUGACCCCUCGUCGGCCACAAUAUAUGGCAAAGAGGUACGUGCAGAAAUAGCUACCCGUUUUACACAUGUAGCCAUAGAAGGGAUAACUAAAGAAAUCCGUAAAGACCUCCUUAGUAAAUACCUAAUACCUGCUAAUUGCGUGAAAAUAGGCGCGCCAAAGUUAAACCCUGAGAUCAAAGCUGCCAUCUCAGAAAAUUUUGCUAAACGAGACAAAGGCAUCGAGUCCAAGCAAAAGGAAAUGGCUUGCGCAAUAUCUUGCCUUAGCGAAAUAAUUACAUCGCAAUUAAAUUCGAAAGAGAAAAAUAACGACCUGUUACAAAAACUUAUAGACCUCGGUCGUAUUUUGUGCGAUUUACAAUACGCAGACAGCGUAACCAGACGCAAUUUUAUACUUUUCUCAUUGAAAAAAGAUCUCAAAGACCAUCUGGUGAAUACCAAGAUAGACACUUGCCUAUUUGGCGAAAACUUGACGGAAACGCUUAAAUCAGCGAAAGCCAUGAUUAAAUCCGGCGGAGAGAUAAAAGCUCCUGUUCCUAAGCAACCCGUAGCGCAAUACAGGAGGGUGAAAUCCAGUGUGUCGCGGCCUUUAAACCGCCGAGGCCCAGCGCCGCGCAGGCCGCCGCCGGGCCCGCCGCCGUCGGUUCCGACUCCGAGGGGUCGCGCGCCUGCUCCCCGCGCGCCGCCGCCCCAGCUCCCCCCGGCGCCGCCCGCGCGCUACUACAGGCCGUCGUACGCGCACCAGCCCCCGCCGCGUCACUACUACUAG